GCCAAGUGCAGUACGGCUGAGGAUCUUGGCCACGGUAGCCGAGCUGACGACAUUCGUUGAAACGAACCUGGCGCUGGUCUCCGAACUGGCGCUCCUCGUCAAUAGCGAAGGACGUACCGCGAUCACACUGACCUUCGCGAUGUGGGCCCCAGGACCGUAUGGGUCCUUUCCUUAUUGACGAGGGAGGUACCACGGUCGCACUGGCCCUCGCGGUGGUGAGCGGGAGGACUGUAAGGGCCAUUACCACGGCUUCGACGAGCAGCAGGAUGCUAGUGCCGAUUCUGCCCUUCGCAGGGGAUCUGGCGCUGCUCUUCGAAUUGGCGCUCCUCCUCAAUGACGAAGGAUGUACCGCGACCUUACUGGCCCUUGCGAUGCUGAGCGUUAGGACCGUAUGGGCCCUUGCCACGGCGUCGACAGGCAGCAGAGUACUAGCGCCGAUUCUGCCCUUUGCAGGGGAUCUGGCGCUGCUCUUCGAAUUGCAGGAACGACUAAGUACACGACGUUCAUGAGAGUGAGAGAGAAAUAUUGAUAGACAGGAGAUAGGAAGGUGGAG